UCGCAGGCAGAGCGACCUCCCUCUGUAGUUGGGUCUUCCUCUCCAUUGAAGAACUCCUCCAACCGGACUUUCCUCUCCAGUUUGCCCAGCAGAGAAGGAAGUUACACCGGGGGAACUCAGCUCUCCGUCGCGCCACCGCUGAAGGAAAAACUACCUGCGUGGUUUCGUCCCGCAGCGACUUCCUCGCUUUGAGAACUUCCAACUUUCUGCGGUUGUUGUUUUCCUCUCUCUCCGGGUUUUGUGGGGGGUCUGAGCUGAUCCACCAAGAUGUCCGUCUCGAGCCAGAAGAAGACGACGACGACGACCUACCGGACCGUGAACGUGGCCUCUCCGGAGCCGGUGACCAGCACGGUGAUCUCGGCCGCACCGGUGUCCCCGUUGCCGUACGCGAUGAACGGCUCCUACGAGACGGUGCGUUACCUGGUCCCGAUGCAACAGGCCAUCCAGCAGCCGUCCUACAUCCUCAUGCAGCAGCCCAUGGUGCAGCAGAUGGUGUCCCCGGUGUACCUGCACAGCAUGCCGCACCUGAGCGUCAGCAGCCAGGAGUCCACCGAUCUCAUGUACCAGCAGCAGAGCACGGUAGAAAGCAUCAGCGGGAAGUCUUCAUCAGUGUUCAGCCAGUCGUCCAGUCCCAUCAAGAGCCCUGAGCCGAGUGCCGAGGAGGAGGAGGAAGAGGAGGUGGAGGAGGAGGAGGAGGAAGACGUAGAAGAAGAGGAAGAUGGGGAGACAGUGGAGGUGGAAGAGGUGGAGGUUGUGAACGUCAUACAGCAGAGGGCAGCACCGCCACCGGCAAUAGAGAAAAUCUCCAGGACGGAGGUGAGAACCGAGGUGAGGGAAGUGCCCCAGCCGGCUAAGAUGGACACGCGUUACUUCGGCGAGCUGCUGGCCGACGUCUACAGGAAGAACUGCGACAUCCACUCCUGCAUCUCCGAGCACGUGUCCAAGAUCCGUGGAAAGAAACACCAGCUGGACCCCAGCAAUGACUACAAGGUGGAGAGAGAGGAGGUGGAGGCUUUGCUUCCUAAAGGAGCCACUGAACUGACCAAACAGCAAAUCCGCUACCUGCUGCAGACUCGUCUCACUGCAGAUAAGAGCAUGCGUCUACUGCUGUCCACCUUCAGCAGUCUGAGAGAGGAGCUCCUCCACAUGUCCGAGGACCUGCGGCGUCUGGAGAGCGAGAAGGAGGGUUUGGAGAGAGAUCUGAGCUUCAAAGCCGACCAGGCUAAGCAGUAUGACUGCCUCCUGGAGGCCGUGCGAGAAAAAAACAGACAGCUCCAGGUGUCCCUGAAGGAAACCACGGCCACCCAGCGUUCCCUGGAGAGCCAGCUCCUGAGCAGCAAAAACAACAACUCGAGCCGCGACUUCAAGAUCAAAGAGAUGGAGGGGAGGAUGAGGGCGCUGGAGAAGGAGAACGAGAUGCUCCGACAGAAGCUGGCAGGCCAAGGCAGCAGCACCACCCUGCACAUCAAGACAGAGGAGCUGUCCCGUCAGUACAAAGACCAGCUGAGCUCCAUGAAACAAGAGAAGGACGCAGAGAUCCAGAGGCUCAAGAACCAGAUAACGAAGAUCACGACAACGACCACCACCAGCGAGAAGUCAUCCUCAGAAAAGAGUCUCCAGCUGAAGAUCUCAGAGCUGCUCGGCAUGUUGGAGCAGCGGCAGACCACCAUCACCCGACAGGAGGAGGAGAUCAGGAAGCUGAUGCAAGAGAGGAACGACAGCUCCAAGAGCCAAGUCACCAAGACCAUCAUCACCAAGAGGUACAGGAACCAGUACCCCAUCCUCGGUCUGCUGAGCGACGACUACCAGGUCACCUCGCCCGUCAAAGAAGCCAAGACCAUCGUCAUCGAGAGAACUGGAGAGAUGAUCAAACAGGAAUGAUUGAACGACAAGAAGACCCAGACGUCACCGCCCUCCCACCCCGCAUGCUCCUCCCCCUCUCCUCCUCCCCCUCCCCUCCUCCCCCUCCCCUCCUCCCCUGCCUCAUCCUCAGGGCUCCCAGGG